GGUAGUAGUUUCGACCGUGCGCGCGUUCGUCCCCGUCCGUGUGCAGUAAAUACUACAGACUUUGGAGUCGCGACUUUUUGUUGAGUUUUUUUUUAUUUAAUGUACGUUCUUUCGCCUCGGAUUGUUUCUUCUUAGUUUUGUUGUUGAUGUUAUUAAUAUUGUUAAAAAAAGCGUAUAGUUGUUGUGGAGAAGUUCGCCAAAAUAUCGACUGCAGCGGUCGCGAAGUUUGACGUACCACUCUGUGUGUUGUGUAUAUUGGCUAUCUACGGAGAAGUUGAAAAGUGCGUGCUGAUUUGAUUCCGCACACGACCGAAACGUGGGGCCUUCGUAACAAGCAAGAGGGAUCAAGAUCCAGAAAGCAGGAACACACCGCGAAGCAAGAUUCCAUCGCGGGUAGUUGGUGUGCUGCAAACGAGUUUCUAGUUUACGCGGGCACGGCUUCCGAGUGAGAGCGGCUGAAAUUUGCGACGUCAACGGCGCGCAUCAUUCGCAUUUCACUGCACACUAAGUUGCACUCGAACAGCCGAAAAAGGAGUUUUUUUUAGCUCGGCGUACACACCAGUUGCAUGCACAGUUGAUAAAAUUCCAUCUUUUAGAGCCAACAACAAUAGGCUAGAAAGCAGUUGUGGCAGUAUUUCAUAUUUGAGUUAUAAGCUUGAAAACUGCGCCGAAAAGUGUGCGAAAAGUGUGCAUAGCGUGAAGAAGAUCCAAGUGUUGUGCAAGUUGUACCAUCAGACAUCGUCACGCGAGCAACGACAUAGUUUCGGUUCUGUUGUCUACGUUCAAAAGUUGUCUGUCACCGAGGGAGUCAUCGAAAAAAAAGUUGGAUCAUCGUAACACGCGCUCGAACAGAGAUAGUGCUAUUCCUGUUGCUGUUGCUGCUGUGAUUGCCGUCACGAAUCGGCCCGGAGCACAAUGAGGCAGUUUAAUCUGGAGGACACGCCACUGACGAUGGCAGCCAUCGUGCGCCGUCGUGCGGAGGCAAUAAAACACAACAGUGAGUGCGAAACGGACGACCAGCGACAUAAUCAAACAUUUCCAUCGCUUAGUUCGGGUACGAUCGUAGCUUCGGACUCUGGUGUGUUCAUGUCGACUUCGGAUAUUGAUAGGACGCACAGUGCCAGUACCAGUACGCAGCAUUUGAGUGCGGUGGAAGAAUACUCGGAGGUGCAGGGACAGAAGCCGACUUACGUAAUCGGAGAAAAGGACGACGAGGAUGAAGUUGAACUAGACGGAGAGGAGGAAGAGGAGGACGCUAUCGAGCUGGAUCAAUCGCUUGAGUGUAAAACUGAUCGGAUGCUGAACAAACGCACUUGCCAGAGUCUACCGGAUGUGAAUAGUCCUCGACCGUGUGCUUUAGCCGCCACCGUAACAGUCUGUGAUAGUAGUAGUGAUAUAGUAGUAGCGCCCAAAAAGGACGAGAUUGAUCACCGGGCUGCAGCAAAACCCAGUGACACCGGUGGCGGUGUGGUGAAGAAGGCUUCCGCACCAGUAGCCGCUGGUUCGGCUAUCCAGAAGCGAUCGAAGAUCGACGAAACCAACCUCCUGCAGGCGUUCAGCAUUGAUCCCAAACUCAUCAACCGGUACGACGGCCUGGAGCACACACUGUACUACAUCGACGAGAAUGGCAGCCCCAAGCUGCGGGAUAGAUUUUCCGUCCAGCAGCAGCUGGCGGAGGAGAAGAAACGACGAAAGAAGGAACGCAAGCUGGAAAAGUUCGCCUCCGAGGGGGACGAGGCGGCGGCACAGUGUACCUGUUUUAGCUUUAGCCGGAUAUCGAGGAAGUUCCGGGAAAUGUGUAAGGAUGGUUCAAAAGUGACAACGGUUGUGGCAACAGCCGGCCAGGGACCAGACAGACCACAGGAGGUAUCAUACACGGAUACGAAGGUGAUCGGCAAUGGAAGCUUCGGGGUCGUCUUCCAGGCGACACUCUGUGAUACGGGCGAGCUAGUUGCAAUCAAAAAGGUGUUACAGGAUAAAAGAUUUAAGAACCGAGAACUACAAAUUAUGCGACGGCUAGAACACUGUAAUAUCGUGAAGCUAAAAUAUUUCUUCUACUCCAGCGGCGAAAAGAAAGACGAAGUUUAUCUCAACCUGGUACUCGAAUAUAUUCCAGAAACCGUUUACAAAGUGGCUCGUUAUUAUGCUAAAAACAAGCAAACGAUACCAAUCAAUUUCAUCAGACUUUAUAUGUACCAGCUGUUUAGAAGUCUUGCUUACAUCCACUCGCUGGGCAUCUGCCAUCGUGAUAUCAAACCCCAGAAUCUGCUUCUGGAUCCGGAUACGGCCGUAUUAAAGCUGUGCGAUUUUGGCAGUGCCAAACAAUUGCUACAGGGCGAACCGAAUGUUUCGUAUAUUUGCUCCCGAUACUACCGGGCACCGGAGUUGAUAUUUGGUGCCAUAAAUUAUACCACGAAAAUUGAUGUCUGGAGUGCGGGAUGCGUAUUAGCCGAACUGCUCCUGGGUCAGCCUAUCUUCCCCGGUGAUUCAGGUGUCGAUCAGUUGGUUGAAAUCAUCAAAGUCCUCGGCACACCAACCCGGGAGCAGAUCAAGGAAAUGAACCCAAACUACACGGAAUUCAAGUUCCCUCAGAUCAAAAGUCAUCCAUGGCAGAAGGUGUUCCGGGCACGUACUCCUCCGGACGCGAUCGCGCUGGUUUCCCGGCUACUCGAAUACACACCGGGCACGCGAAUUACGCCGAUCCAAGCAUGUGCACAUCCGUUCUUCAACGAACUGCGGGAUGGUAACAAGACGCUACCAAGCGGGCGCGAGUUUCCACCACUGUUCAAUUUCACCGAACAAGAGCUAGCAAUUCAGCCGAGCCUGAACCUGAUCCUGAGGCCCCGAAACCCGAACGAUGCGAAAGCCGGUCAGUCGUCCAGUUCCGUUGACGGGGGCAGCAGCGGUGGCAACAGUGCCGGAGCUAACAGUACUGGCGGGGCCAGCAGCAUUAGCAGCAACAACAACGGAGGCAACGGAGGCAGCAGCAAUAGUGGCGCCCCGGUCGACAGCUCCCAGGGUUGCAGCAGCCAGGGAGCGGCCGCCGCUGGCGCACAAUCCCUCGGUGGUGGUGCGGAAGAUAUUACGUCAUCACAGUCCGUAGCCGCAGUGGACAGUAGUUCCAGUCAAGGAGCUAUGGCUCCGGCGGCUACUUCGACGAUGGGUUAGCUUUAAUUCGUACACAUAAAAUAUAAAUAUAUUUUUUAACUUUAAUUAUUAAUUUAAUGCGAGGAUUAAAAAAACAUAGGAGGGUUCCGAAACAAAAGGUGGGAAUAAAAUGCAGUAAUAAUCGUGGAAAAUUUGUUAAAUUACUAGCAAGAAAAAAACAAAACCACACAUUAAUACUAUAGAAGAAUUUAAUAUUUCAGCAGAAGUCAUGCUAAAAGCCACUAAUAGAAGCAAACAGCACCUUGCUACCGUUGAUGCAAGGCAUAAUACCAAUUAGAGCAGUACCGAAAAUUAAGAAGAAAAAAAACACGAUGCAAAUAAUAUUUCAACCAAUAUUAUUCUAAUUGAAGUAAUAUCUAAAUAAAAAUCACAUGCAACACACACACACUCACUCACAUCCCAAUCUAGAGCGGAACAAUACCGAGAGUCACAUUUUCUCCAACAAGUAAAUCAACAAAUAACGAAAAGAAAAAAGUAGUUUCAAUUUGCUAGGUAUAGUUGAAGGUUUAGUUUUUCGUUCUCUUGUGACUGUUGUGCAAACAAAACAAAACAAAACAAACAAAAACAUAUAUAUAAAUAUAUAAACUAAACAGAGAGUUAGGUGGGAUAAUAUCGAAAAUCUUCGGUUAAUGAAGAUUUUUCCGUGUUUAUUAUUAUAACUAUUAAUUUUGUUUUUUCAAGUUUUGACAGCGCCAGCAUGUAUCGUGUUGGGAACCAGUUUAUUUUCGUUUUUUUAUUUAAGCAAAUAAAAAUUGAUGUAUAAUCAAAGAAAUAACACCCGACACCUACGGCGGAAUCGCUGUGAAUUGUACGUGGCAGUGCGUGCGGUUUUUUAGGUCGGUAUAAAAAAUAAAACAAAGCAAAAUGUAUGCGUGCAUUGAUUUCUUACUAAGCUGGCGAACACGAGGCGAACGUUGUAGGUUUAUCUUGUGUAGUAGUGUGGGAAAAUUGUUUAUAUUACUAUUAAUGAAGGAAAAGAAUUAGCCACUAAUUGAAAAAAACACACACACAGAUUACACAAGUACCACUAUUAUAGCAGUCUUUUGAGCAUUGUGAGAUAAGUCAGAUUGUGAAACAAAAAAAAAGUAAAGCGUAAAAUCAGCAUUAUUCAAACUUCUCUUAAUCUUUGAAAUUUGUAAAACAACACACAAACACAAUGGAAGAUAACGGAUAACCCAUUUCGGAGCUACUGUAUGCAUAGCAAGGAAACAUUAGACAUGUAAAGAUUGAAGCUGCUGGAAAUUGUAGGGAAUGGGUUUACCAUCAAUCAAGUUUAAGGCUAUACGAAGAAUGGAAAAACAGUAAAUGGAAAAUACUUAGAAGCAAGCAAGCAUAACUAAAAUAAUCAAACAAUAAAUUAUUUAAAAAGUGCAGAAAAAAAAAUCAAUGAAAACCUUUUUUGUAGUAUAAAGAAAGUAUAUAUAUUAUUGCAUAAGUAAUUUAAAUUUAAAACUAAAAAACUAUAAAAAAAAGAGAAAAAAGCAUACCGUAAUUGAUUAUCCAGCAGAACCGGAACGGACGCGCGCGGACUGUCGAAGCUAGAGCAGUAGUACGACGUUGACGUGCGUUCAAAGCAAGAAAAAAAUAGCCGAAAGUUGUAAUUAGAGCAAAUUGAACCAGAAAUUAACAAUAUCGUUGUCGCUCUUAAGCAGUACAGACGUGAAGUAAGCAAAGCAAACACCGUAAACGGAAACCAUGAAAAUAAUAUUUAACAACACACAGACACACACCCAUAGUAACUGCUACAAUUUUUAGCUAUUAGAUAUUUUAAUCAGCUAGAAAAAAAAGUAAAUAAAGGAAACAAAAAUGUUAAGAGAUUUCGCUGUCAUCUAUAACGGGUUCCAUUUAGUUUCUAUGGUCGUGCUGACAGUAGUCCAAAUGACCGGAACGGUCGUAGGAUAUGUUUUAGAAUUUCGCUCACAUGCAAAUUCAGUUUAGGAAGCAAUGA